UGGGAAGUGGCGGUGAUUAUCUCUCAGAGAGAAUGAGAGAAAGAGAGAAGGAGAGAGAGAGAGAGCUAUAAAUAAUGGGUGGUGUUGUCGUCCAUCGCAUUCGCCCCUUCUCACUCACAACUCCUAGUUUGGACACUUAAUACUGUUUCAGGUGCGUGCGAGAACGUGCGGCGCUGUCCCAUCCCUUCCUGAAACCAAAACACCAUCUCUCUCUCCUUGAGUGCCGAAGGGAAAGCGUGGGACUGCAAUCACAGCUUCAGGUUUCAGCUUAAACGCAGAGGGUGUGGAACUCAGCUUUAUCUUCUAAGCACUUAGCUAUGCCCUAGCUAGGCGCCUAGGCCUUAGCUUAGCCCAACUCAAAACAAAGUCGGUUCCAAUCCUGGAUUAUAUCAGAAACGUACUAACAGGGUUCAGAUCUGAAACUGAAUCUGAAUUUCGUGGAGACGUUUCAUCUUUUUUCUUUCACGAGAAGCGGAUGAUUUAUCAGGUGAUGUGAGUAGACUUAAGGUUUUGCUUUGAAUCUUCUGGAGAAGAAGAAGCCAAAUCCCAUAUCAGUUGGAAGUGGAAGUUGUCUUUGGAGUCCGUGUUGACACUUGUAUCAUUCGGAGCUAGCAGAAAUGGCGGAUUGAUUUUAAUACGAAUCCAAUCCUUUGCUCGUAAAUAAGGAUUUUUUUUUUCUUUUGGUUCACUAUCGUAUGGAAGAUUUUUACCUGCUUGAUCCUGCGAUUUCUUGUUCAGAUGAAAUCGAACAUGAAAUCGCAGGAGUUGGAAGUGUUGCUCCAGUUCCUGCAGCGACGGGAUUUGACCAUCAAGUCGAUAGCCUCUUUCAAUUCGAAGCGAACGAGCCGGCGGAGAUCUGUGGAUCGGAGAUGUCUAGUCUGAUCAAAGCUCAAAUCGCUAUUCAUCCUCUCUAUCCUACACUACUCACUGCUUAUAUAGAAUGUCGGAAGGUCGGAGCACCACCGAAGCUGGCGUCGCUUCUUGAGGAAAUCGCCCGAGAAAACAAUCUGACAGGUGGUUCUAGUGAAUUCGGAGCGGAUCCAGAACUCGACGAGUUCAUGGAAUCUUAUUGUGAAGUCCUUUAUAGAUACAAGGAAGAGCUAUCUAAGCCGUUCGAUGAAGCAAAAACUUUCUUGAGCGAUAUAGAAACUCAGCUCAGCGAUCUCUGCAUAGUAGCUUCGUCCUCGACCACAGCGACGACGACGACGACGACCACCACCACCACCACGUCCUCUGGGAAUUACCACUCAGAUGAAGCGUCUAGGACCUCAGAAGAAGAGUUAAGCUGUUGGGAGACGGAGGCAUUUGAUGGCAUAGAAUCUUCUGUUCCUCACACUGAUGACAAGGAGUUGAAAGAAAUGCUUUUGCGAAAGUAUAGUGGCUAUCUUAGCAGUCUGAGGAAAGAAUUCCUAAAGAAGCGAAAGAAAGUGAAGCUAUCUAAAGAAGCAAGGAUGGCAUUGUUGGACUGGUGGAACAAUCACUACAGAUGGCCGUACCCCACGGAAGAGGAGAAGAAGAUGAUUUCAAAAGUCACAGGAUUAGACCAAAAACAGAUCAACAAUUGGUUCAUCAACCAGAGGAAGCGACAUUGGAAGCCUUCUGAAGACAUGCGUUUGGCACUGAUGGAGGGUAUCAGUGGCAGCGACGCAGUUCCUAAAAUGUAUCUGAGCACUGGAGGAACUGGCACUGAUGAUCUUUGAAGUUAGAAUAGUGCCAAGUCCUUUUAUUUCACCUUCUCUGUAGUCUGUACUGCUUGUUUGUAUAAAAUUGUAGACUGCAAAUAGGAAUGUUCUUACUGUAACUAUGAAUGGUUUGUGGGCCCAAUCACAAAAUAAUCAAAUAAAACAGAUGGAUUUGAUUGUA